AGUUACCGUAGUGUUCUUGUGGCCUGCUGCUUGGAGAUCGAGGUCCCUUUAUCCUGCUGCCUCUCUAUUCGCAAGCCUAAUUGGAAGCAAGCAAAUCGCUGAGGACGACGUAUUUUCUGAGAUCGUUCAGGCUCACAGGCUUCGUCACAAAGGCACUGGGAUGUAAUCAACUAUGACUUUCUAACUCUUGGCUCUACUACCGAGGUAGUAUUUGAUGUCUACGCUGGGGUUUCUCUCUCUCAUUUUAGGUCUUUGAGAGACCCCACGGGAUCGGAUGAGGAUUGCUAUGCAGAGAAAAGUUCAGCUCAAUGAUGAACUUUCAAAUGUGAAAUAUGACCAGGUUUGCAGGCAGCAGUUUCGACGCGCAGCCACUUGUAAACCAACGCAUAACAGCAUGGGGAAAUUGCAGAAGGGACGCGUUGCCGAUCUCUCUCGGACUCUUCAAAAAGUGACUACCUCAUUGAAUGAGACUUUUGCGUUGUUAAACGAGCCUGCACCUGCUGAAUCAGUGAAAGGAGACUGGUCAGAAAUACAAAAAUCUGCAGAUUUGGUGUUCAAACACUCAACCACUAUAGGUUUACUGUGGACUCAAGGCCCGAAGGUUGACGAAGCUGCGCAAGCUAUGAAAACUUUUGCCGAAAGCCUUCAAGGCCUCAUCCUUCUUUGCCACGGUCACACUGUUGGAGCAGGUCCAACUCUUUCUCUAACCAUCCGCAAUGCUGUUAAGGUUGUUCUUGAUGCAGGUCUGUCCCUCUUGACAAGGGCUGUAUCAUUCUCAGUGAAGGGCUCUUCCAGGGAGGAACGGGAGGGAGCAAUACCUGCUCUGGUUGGUUGUGUGUGGGAGUCUUGUAAUGCCCUCAAGAGAAUGCCUUCCACAAACCGUGCAGCUAUUGGGCGCAGCCUAGCCCAGGUUGCUACAUCUGUAAAAGACGUGUUGCGAGAAAUUGGUGAGAUGCGCGAAGGCAAACCAGUUGAUCAAGCCGACGAUUGUGGUUGUGGACACUCUCAUGAUGAGUUAGCUACUACAGGCAAUCAUAGUCACAGUCACAAUCAUACUCACGACCAUGGUCACGGGCCUUGUGGUCACGAUCACGGCCAUGACCAUGGUCACGAUCAUUCCGGGCAUCUUCACACUCACGACCAUUCGCAUGGCCAUGGGCAGUGUGGACAUGAUCAUUCUCACCCACAUGCUGGACGUAACCAUGCCCCUGCUCAUGUUCACAGCCACGGGGGUUAUGGCCAUGACCACGGCCCUUCUGGACAUGCUCAUCCUCGUAACCAUGCAGGUCACGAGGACUGCGGACAUGACCACGAAGAGGCUAGCUCAUCGAUUGAAAGCCUCGAGUUUAAUGACGAUCUCUCACCAGAAGAGAUGGAGGUCGUGGAUGCCACAAAAGGGGUUGUUACAUCUGUCCUAGAUUUCGUGAAGCAACUGCUUUAUGUAGCAGCUGAUCGUCAACAAGGUGAUGAUGAAUCUGCCACAGCGUAUCUGGAAAACAUUCUGAGCCAUUGUAAAAGUUUGGGAGUCGAGGCGGACGAAUUUGGAGCUUCUCUGUAUCCUCCUCAGGAGAUCAACCAGCUCCGUGACAGGAUCACUAAAUCCAGCGCUCUUAUAGAAUCGAUCAAGGAGGAAGUGAAGGCAACUAAAGGAACCGUGCCGGAGGGUCUUGAAUUGGCGUCUGUAGCUGUGAAGGAUGCACAGGCUCAGCUCACGCAAUGUCUGGGGGGGUUGUCGUGAAGCGUUUCAAGUCAACCAUUUACUCUUCUUUGUUAUAAUUUGUCCAGCAAUUCUUGGAAAUUCGCUUGCUUGGAUAUUUUUGUGGACAUAUUUGUUUUGUAUCCUGAAUCAACACCUGACGCGUAUCAACGUUGGCGCCGUAGUUUUUGGAUUUGAAAACUGCAUUGAUAGGUUUCGUAACCUCUAAAGCUGAACACAACCUGGACAUGUGUCUGAUUCAUUUGCAGUUGAUUUCAUGUUUUAGACCUGAUUUCUUUUGUGAUCAUAUCUGCAUAUGUCCCAGUCUGUUUAGUACGUUACCACUAAUCACAUCUGCAUUUUAGGCACUGUUGUGUUUUUUACAAACCACUUGUUCUACUAAAAGACAUAAUAAUGGAGCCCACACUUCAUUAGAAAUUA